GGAGGAGCAGCCGGAAGUAGUCGGAGUCUCAGGCGGAGAGACAGGAGGACAGGCUUUGACAGAAGUCGGAGUUGCGCAGAGGCGUUGGUGGCCAUGGAGUUGGGCGAGCUUCUCUACAACAAGUCCGAGUACAUCGAGACGGCAUCUGGGAACAAAGUUAGUCGCCAGUCUGUACUGUGUGGAAGUCAGAACAUCGUUCUCAACGGCAAGACCAUUGUGAUGAAUGACUGUAUUAUUCGAGGGGAUCUGGCAAAUGUAAGAGUUGGACGUCAUUGUGUUGUGAAAAGUCGGAGUGUCAUAAGGCCACCAUUCAAGAAAUUCAGCAAAGGCGUUGCAUUUUUUCCUCUACAUAUUGGGGACCAUGUCUUUAUUGAGGAAGAUUGUGUGGUCAACGCAGCUCAGAUUGGCUCUUAUGUUCACGUUGGCAAGAACUGUGUGAUUGGGCGCCGGUGUGUGUUGAAAGACUGUUGCAAAAUUCUCGACAACACAGUAUUACCCCCAGAAACUGUGGUCCCACCAUUCACCGUCUUCUCAGGCUGCCCAGGACUCUUCUCAGGGGAGCUCCCAGAAUGUACCCAGGAGCUGAUGAUUGACGUCACGAAGAGCUACUACCAGAAGUUUUUGCCCUUGACACAGGUCUAAUGUCUCUGCCUUGUGUCUUGAAUUCGCUUGAGCUCUAAGAUGAACUUGGGGACAAAGUGAGCCAGUCAGCAUCUACAAAGAGCUCUUGUGUCUUUGACACCUCCUACCCUCUUUCUUUCUUUUUUUUUUUUUGGUUUAAUUCUUUAGAGUUUCUCAAUCCUCCCAGGCUCUAAGCUCUUAAGACUUAAUAACAGAACGUCUAGAGGAGUCUCCAAAUGCUGUGCUUAAACCGUAUCUAUUAACAGUCACUCCGUACCAUUAUGUGUGGAACAUGGACUCAUCUGUUUCCAGCACUGCCACCCCUUGGUCCUGUGGGUGGCUGGAUGGAGCAGGGCAUUCUGUCCCAGUGGGGAGGUUGUGAUGCUCUUGUGCUGCCCAUGGCCAUGAGCUACCACAGUGAGCUCUGCUCACAGGGGUCACUCAGCUUCCCUGUUGCUCACACAUUUGACCAGUUGCCACAGCUGCUCAUAAUCUGGAAAAAAAGUGUUUUGCGACUUUUCAGAGCCCAGAUUCCUAUUGGCUACUAAAACUUGAAGGGAGGGUAGUUAGUAUUUCUCUUCUUUCCAGAGUGACCUGAACUGUCAUUUUAAUUCAGGGUGACUAAUAAAAGACUUUCUAGCAUCUAUUCUAGGGCCUUGGCUUUCACUAAAAGGGGGGCCCUUAGUGUCCAGAUUUUAUUUUUGCAUGGUCCCAGGUUUGAGUCUCCCACGUGGGUGGACUAGUCUGGCAGCCACUCCUUGCCUCAUCGUGUUUGGGAACAGCAGUAUCUGCCUUAUUUCACUGGAGAUGUAGCAUUUGUGACACUUGCUCCCUGGCCUAAAACCAUUCAACCCACCCUUUCUUUGCCUCACAGUUCAGACCAAAAUAUCUGUACUUGGGCCCAAUCUCAUAUGUACAUGGGGGUCUCUUAAAAUCAUUCUGGGGGCACAGAGCCCCAAGGAGUAAACGAAGUUGCCAGGGCCGUUCUUAUCUUCUGGGUAAUAGCACAACCCUUCCUGUUCUGCUCUGGCCUCUUGGUUUAGUAGGAAGAUAUAGGAGUGAAGACCUGAGAAGGCUGGCCUUGCUUGAAGCUCUGAUGCUGCUGUGAAUGGGGUAGGACAGUUUAGCCUUGAAGGUUAGGAUCUAGCAGCAGCUGUCUUGACUUAAUAUCUGGUUAUGGGGUUUGCAAAAAGAGCUGUAUGUAGUCAUCUCUGCUAGUUCAAUGUAAAACUGCUUUCUGGUUUGUCAUUUUUUAUGUUUGUACAUUAAAAGAUUGACACAUGAAACAA